UGUAAAUAGUUGUCGGGACUUCCUGCGUUUUGUGACACAAGGGUAUGUCAUCCCUGCUGCUCUGAAUGUGCUAAAUAUGCACUCAGUGAAUGACAUUGAAGAGAGCCUGAGUACUAAAACAAAGGGAGAGAAGAAGACUUUUAUGGAAAAAUUAUCAAAAAGUAUAGUUGACAAAUUCCUUCAAACAGAGAUGCCAUCCUUAAAGCAGAAAGGUCCUGGGAAUAAUAUUAAUGACGAGAACCGUGUACCAUGUGGCUUUCCAGGGUGUCAAAAGACAUUUUUUAGGGACGGAAAAUGUAGACAAAACCAUCGUGGCAUCUGCCCAUAUAGACAUCUUACAGAUUUAAGUGUACCCGAUGUAGAGACAGACUUAAAUCAACAGUCUACUUCAAACCAGUCAGAGGAAAAGCAGGAAAAACCGGAUUAUAAAUUCAACUAUUCCUGUUGUCUGCUAAGAGAAGGUCUCCAAGACUGGAUCAGAGAAGAUUCAUCAAAGGAGAACGAUGGGGACAGGCUAGUGAGAAUGUGGAGGUUUGAUUUUCUAAGAUUUUCUCUCAAUAACCACACCAAAUAUCGCCUUUUAGCCUUUCGUUUACAGGCUCAGUUAAUGGCACUUUUACCACCAAAAUUAGCACAUCAGCUGAGACACAACCGAUGCAUGAACAUUCAUGGAGUUGAGGGGUGUAAUGUUCCAGCCGACCAAGCACUUGAGUUUUUGAACAUGAGGGCAAAGAAUGCAUUGAAUUCAUUGCAUGGCAAUAUGUCGUCAGCCUCCAUUCAGAGAUGCGGUAGAAAUUUACAAGGCUGCAACAACAUAAUAGACUCAUAUACUAGAGGCCUAGAUCAGUAUUUUGGAAAACCUAGCAAUUCAAAACCAUCAAUGAAAAAGGACAUUUCAAAGCUAGUGGAACAUUUGGGUUCAGAAAAUUUAUUUGCCACCGUUCCUGGUCGACAUCACAGGUCAUUCCCAACAAUAGAAAGUGAUUCGUUAGUAAAGUUAGAUGGAUGUAAACUAAACCAGUGGAUAACAGACAAGAGAGAAAGUUUUGCCAAGACUCAGAGAUUAAGAUCUUACUUAGUACAAUAAGAUUAAACCAAUUGUGAACCUUGAAAAUUAAGAUUUGCCAAAUACCUUCUUUGUCUUUCAAGAAAAACGUUUUUAUGCUGUCAUACAGGAAAUCCUUUUAAUUAUUUAUUAAGCCACCAAAGGUCAAAUAAAUGUACAUGCAUUUUAUAAAAUGUAUGUUGAAGAAAUAACCACAUUUGUUGUUGUGAUAAUUUUAGUGCAAUACAUGUAUAUAUAUAGCAAACUCUUAUAUGAAAGUUUUUUUUUCUUUAUACUGUCAUCAAAAGUGUGCAUUUCAUACUCUAGUGCAAUAUCUUUAUGGUUGGAGCCAAUUUGUCAUAUUUUUAUAGUGCGAUAUAUUUAGUGCAAGAGAAAACUCUAAAAUAAAAGUUUUUUUUGUUGAUGUGUAUUCAUAUAUCAUGUAAAUUCAAACAUUUGUUUUAGUAUACGUGUCUG